UUCUAGGAGAUAGCCAUGCGUAAAGAGGAAUUGCAUCUGAAAUUUUUUAUGUGUGUGAUUCAGUCUCGCCAGUUAGUCAGGACUCCUCAGAGAACAGAUGGGGAAGCUUCAACUUCCAGCAUGCUCAUGCGAAAGCCACCACCUGAGACAGAUGUUUUGAAGAAUCUAGAUGCUAUGGAUGAUCCAGACACCAUGGAAGUCACACCUGUUUUGGAAAAUGAGUGGAUCAUGACCCAUGAAGAGCACCAUGCGGCCAAAACCCUGGGGAUCGGCAAAGCCAUCGCCGUGUUGACCUCCGGUGGAGAUGCCCAAGGAAUGAAUGCUGCUGUCAGGGCUGUGGUCCGAGUUGGUAUCUUUACUGGUGCCCGUGUAUUCUUUGUCCAUGAGGGUUAUCAAGGCCUGGUGGAUGGUGGAGAGCACAUCAGGGAAGCCACCUGGGAGAGCGUUUCGAUGAUGCUUCAGCUGGGAGGCACAGUGAUUGGAAGCGCCCGGUGCAAGGACUUUCGGGAACGAGAGGGACGACUACGAGCUGCCCACAACCUGGUGAAGCGUGGGAUCACCAACCUGUGUGUCAUUGGGGGAGAUGGCAGCCUCACUGGAGCCGACACCUUCCGUUCCGAGUGGAGUAACUUGUUGAAUGACCUCCAGAAAGCGGGUAAGAUCACAGCUGAGGAAGCUAAAAAGUCUAGCUACCUGAACAUCGUGGGCCUGGUUGGCUCCAUUGACAAUGACUUCUGUGGCACCGACAUGACCAUUGGUACGGACUCUGCCCUGCACCGGAUCAUAGAGAUUGUAGAUGCCAUCACCACGACUGCUCAGAGCCACCAGAGGACAUUUGUGCUGGAAGUGAUGGGCCGGCAUUGUGGAUACCUGGCCCUUGUCACCUCUCUCUCCUGUGGCGCCGACUGGGUCUUUAUUCCUGAAUGCCCGCCAGAUGAUGACUGGGAGGAACACCUGUGUCGCCGGCUCAGCGAGACAAGGACCCGCGGCUCUCGGCUCAACAUCAUCAUUGUGGCUGAGGGGGCAAUUGACAAGCACGGGAAGCCAAUCACCUCCGAAGACAUCAAGAACCUGGUGGUAAAGCGUCUGGGAUAUGACACCCGGGUCACUGUCCUGGGGCACGUGCAGCGGGGUGGGACACCAUCAGCCUUUGACCGGAUCCUGGGCAGCAGGAUGGGUGUGGAAGCGGUGAUGGCACUACUGGAGGGGACCCCAGACACCCCGGCCUGUGUGGUGAGCCUCUCUGGCAACCAGGCUGUGCGCCUGCCUCUCAUGGAGUGUGUCCAGGUGACCAAAGACGUGACCACGGCCAUGAACGAGAAGAAGUUCGAUGAGGCCAUGAAACUGCGAGGCCGGAGCUUCAUGAACAACUGGGAGGUAUACAAGCUUCUGGCUCAUGUCCGACCUCCAGUAUCUAAGACUGGCUUGCACACAGUGGCCGUGAUGAAUGUGGGGGCCCCGGCGGCAGGCAUGAACGCCGCCGUCCGCUCCACCGUGAGAAUCGGCCUCAUCCAGGGCAACCGCGUCCUGGUUGUGCAUGACGGCUUCGAGGGCCUGGCCAAGGGUCAGAUCGAGGAAGCUGGCUGGAGCUACGUCGGGGGCUGGAUUGGCCAAGGCGGUUCUAAACUUGGGACUAAAAGGACUCUGCCCAAGAAGAACUUCGAACAGAUCAGCGCCAACAUCACUAAGUUCAACAUUCAGGGCCUCAUCAUCAUUGGGGGCUUCGAGGCUUACACAGGGGGCCUGGAGCUGAUGGAGGGCAGGAAGCAGUACGACGAGCUCUGCAUCCCGUUUGUGGUCAUCCCUGCUACGGUCUCCAACAACGUCCCGGGCUCGGACUUCAGCGUGGGGGCUGACACAGCACUCAAUACCAUCUGCACGACCUGUGACCGCAUCAAGCAGUCAGCAGCAGGCACCAAGCGUCGGGUGUUUAUCAUCGAAACUAUGGGUGGCUACUGCGGCUACCUGGCCACCAUGGCGGGGCUGGCAGCUGGGGCCGAUGCUGCCUACAUUUUUGAGGAACCCUUCACCAUUCGAGAUCUGCAGGCGAAUGUUGAACAUCUGGUGCAAAAGAUGAAAACAACUGUGAAGAGAGGCUUGGUGUUAAGGAAUGAGAAGUGCAACGAGAACUACACCACUGACUUCAUUUUCAACCUGUACUCCGAGGAGGGCAAGGGCAUCUUCGACAGCAGGAAGAACGUGCUUGGCCACAUGCAGCAGGGUGGGAGCCCAACUCCAUUUGACAGGAAUUUUGCGACGAAGAUGGGCGCCAAAGCUAUGAACUGGAUGACGGGGAAAAUCAAAGAGAGUUACCGGAAUGGGCGGAUCUUUGCCAAUACUCCAGACUCCGGCUGCGUUCUGGGGAUGCGUAAGAGGUCCCUGGUCUUUCAACCAGUGACCGAGCUGAAGGACCAGACCGAUUUUGAGCACCGCAUCCCCAAGGAACAGUGGUGGCUGAAGCUGAGGCCCAUCCUCAAAAUCCUCGCCAAAUACGAGAUCGACCUGGAUACCUCGGAGCACGCUCACCUGGAGCACAUCAGCCGGAAGCGGUCUGGAGAGGCUCCCGUCUAAACAUCUUCAGAGUGAGGGGAGUGGAUGGUCUCGUCGUGGUCAGCUCAUCCCCAAUAGAUCCACACAUCCAUAUGUUCUCAAGGGUUUUAGCUCAUUUUUCAUUAGGUUUCCUUCUACUCUGUAACUGCAGCCAAGGUCACUCUGGCUAGGGGGCGACGAGUGAAAGCUUGUUUUAGGUAGAAUUUAUCAUGACUUCUGCCCCAGCUUCCUUCAUCACACGAGGCUGGGCUCAUCUAGUGCCACUGCUAGAUUUCAGUUACUCGGUUAGAAUUUUCCUAAAAAUAAGCUUUAUUUAUUUCUUUGUGAUAACAAAGUCUGAGUUCCUCUACUACUUCUGCUACAGUGACAAUAACUACACUAAUAAAUGCCAACUGGUCACUGUG